GCUUCUGGGCGGGAGAUGUCGGGGAGUCACUUCGCAGAGCGCGGCGACGAAAGCGAGGAGCAGGUGUCCGGGGCGACAGUCAUCGCGCAGGCUCUGAAAGCGCAAGAUGUGAAGUACAUGUUUGGCAUCGUGGGCAUCCCAGUGACCGAAAUCGCCAUUGCCGCCCAGCAACUGGGCAUCAGAUACGUGGGGAUGAGGAACGAGCAAGCGGCUUGUUAUGCUGCCUCUGCGGUUGGAUAUCUGACAGGCAGGCCGGGAGUAUGCCUUGUUGUUUCUGGCCCAGGUCUCCUGCACGCCUUGGGUGGUAUGGCAAAUGCAAACAUGAACUGUUGGCCCUUGAUUGUGAUUGGUGGUUCCUCUGAAAGAAGUCAGGAAACAAUGGGAGCCUUCCAGGAGUUUCCUCAGGUUGAAGCUUGUAGGUUAUAUAGCAAGUUCUCUGUCCGGCCAAGCAGCGUAGAAGCUAUUCCAUCUGUUAUCGAAAAGGCUGUGAGAAGCAGUAUUUAUGGUCGUCCAGGUGCUUGCUAUGUUGACAUACCUGCAGAUUUUGUGAACCUGCAAGUGAAUGUGAAUUCUAUAAAGUACGUGGAGUGCUGCUUGCCACCUCCAGUUAGUAUGGCAGAAAUUUCUGCCAUACAGAAGGCAGCAUCUGUCAUCAGAAAUGCCAAACAGCCCCUUCUUAUCAUCGGGAAAGGUGCUGCUUAUGCCCAUGCAGAGGAGGGACUCAGGAAAUUGGUGGAGCAAUGUAAAUUGCCAUUUUUGCCCACCCCCAUGGGCAAGGGUGUGAUCCCUGACAAUCAUCCAAAUUGUGUAGCUGCUGCCCGAUCCAGUAGGGCUUUGCAACUUGCUGAUGUGAUCGUGUUAUUUGGUGCCAGAUUAAAUUGGAUAUUGCAUUUUGGACUGCCUCCAAGAUAUCAGCCAGGUGUGAAGUUUAUCCAGGUUGACAUCUGUGCAGAAGAAUUAGGCAAUAAUGUAAGACCUGCUGUGACUUUGCUAGGAGAUAUAAAUGCUGUCACUAAACAGCUUUUAGAACAAUUUGACCAAACACCGUGGCAGUAUCCUCCAGAGAGUCGCUGGUGGCAGACUCUGAGAGAAAAAAUGAAGAGCAAUGAAGCUGCAUCCAAGGAAUUAGCUUCCAAAAAAUCCCUGCCUAUGAAUUAUUACACAGUAUUCUACCAUGUUCAAGAACAACUACCCAGAGACUGUAUUAUAGUAAGUGAAGGAGCAAAUACUAUGGAUAUUGGGCGCACUGUGCUUCAAAACUUCCUUCCUCGUCACAGGCUUGAUGCUGGCACUUUUGGAACAAUGGGAGUCGGUUUGGGAUUUGCCAUUGCAGCUGCUGUAGUGGCUAAAGAUAGAAACCCAGGACAGCGGGUCAUCUGUGUGGAAGGAGACAGUGCCUUUGGGUUUUCUGGCCUGGAAGUAGAAACCAUCUGCAGGUACAACUUGCCAAUUGUACUUUUGGUGGUAAAUAACAAUGGAAUUUACCAGGGUGUUGAUACAGAUUCUUGGAAGGAAAUGUUAAAAUUUGGAGAUGCUACUGCUGUGGCCCCUCCAGUUUGUCUUCUGCCAAAUGCACGUUACGAACAGGUCAUGACUGCCUUUGGAGGCAAAGGGUAUUUUGUACAAACACAAGAAGAACUCAAAGGAUCCCUGAGGCAAAGCUUGGCGGAUACAACCAAACCUUCUCUCAUCAACAUCAUGAUUGAGCCACAAGCUGAGCGGAAAGCCCAGGAUUUUCACUGGCUGACCCGCUCUAAUAUGUAAAUAAAGAUGUCAUAAGUGGUCUUCAGGAGUUUUUUCUUUCCUAUACUGCAUUUUAAGACCUUCCACCAGCAAAAAGAUUACGACUUGUUGAAGGUUCAGAUGAUGGUUAGUAUUUUUAGCAAUAAAAGUAUUUUUAAAUUGA